UUAGAUUUGAUGGAAAUGACAUUGAGGCUUGUCAUGGAAUGUCAUGUUUCAAUUCAUGAUAUGCUGAAAACUUUGGAUUUCUUUAAAAAUCCAGUUGUAAAGAAAAAGAAAAUUUAUGACCAGUUUAUUGAGAGUUUUGAAGAAUACAGGUAUCAUUUGAAGAACAGAAAAGCAUAUGAUGUUGAUGCAGAAGAUGUUACCUGUGCUGUAAUAGAAUGUCCUGCCUGCCCUAAGACUGAUGGCAAAUGCUUCGUUUCUGCUGAUGCUUGUUUUGGUUUACCAAGAAAAAAGGCCUCUGGAUUAAGCUAUAGAGAUCCAUUGAGUGCCCGAGUGUAUUUCUAUGAGCAACAGAAUGUUGAUGAAUUUAUGUCCACAUACCCGAAGUCUGCUAAAGAAUCACAGCUGCCUAAGGAUUGUAGCGACUUUCAAGCAGGGUCAGAAAUCAGGUCGAAAGGACGCUAUGAUGCUUUAGAUGAAACUGCUGUUUGCGGAUUAAGCUGUAAACAUGGGAUGCCUAUCAGGUUUUUGAAUUUAAAAGGGGGAGAGAGGCUUGGUUAUGCAGUUUACAUGCUAAAAGAUUUAGUAGAAAAGAAAGGAAAUAACGUUGAUGUCCACUUUAUGUACGACAUUUGUUGCUUGUUCAAAGAGCAUCUUAAAAAGCAAAAUAUGACUGAUCUUUUGAGCAGCAUUCAACUGGCCUGUCCUCAAUUUCAUGUAUACGGUCAUGGUGCGACUUGUCAGUUGUUGUACAGUCCAAGAUGACUAGAAGGAUGGGGAAUGGUUGAUGGAAAAGUCAUGGAAAGACUGUGGUCUUACUUGCGUCUGUUCAGAAAGAUGACAAAAGAAAUGACUGCCUGCCAUCGAGAAGACAUACUGUCUGAUGCCUUGUAUUUUUAUGCCAAGAAACAAAGAUCAAAAACAGUACUGUUGUUAAAGGCACAAAAAGAGCAGUGUAAAGAACUGCUUAUAUCUGCCAAUGCAGAAAUAGAUGAGUUGCGAAAAAACUCGCCAGCACCAAUUACCGACACAAUAGUGGAGCAGUGGAGAGAUCAGGAAAACGAACUAUUAAGAAAAUCAAAGCCUGCCGAAGUCGAUCUUGGAGCCCAUGGCUGGAUACUGCCUUAUUUCUCACUAUUGCGUUAGUAUUACUCCGCAAGGAACCAGCUAGCUGAUGGAACUGGGGAGAACCAAUCAGCUCACCU